UCUCUUUUCUUUUCUUUUCCUUUCCUCACGACAGCAGCAACAGGUGUUCUGCCAUCAGCCUGCCAUGUGUACACGUCCGGCUCGGUCGGCCCUUGGCCUGGUUCAAUGUGUAUGAUUGUGUGUGGGUGCGUGGGUGCCUGUAAAAAUUAGCUGGAUCUUUUACGACCUUCUCCUGUCCCCGCCCGCCGUUGCCGAUCGGGCCCCGGUCUCCAUACCGUCUCCAGGUCAGAUCAAAGUUGAUCCCAUCUCUCGAGAACGUGGGUUAUGGAGAGCUUAUGGAGGUUACCCCGCGCUGGCAAGUGUUCUCAGCACCGUGUUCAGCAGGCCAUGCCUGUUGACCUUGACCUUGAAGGACUGUCUCAUAUGUUCCUCCCAUCUUUGAUCUCUCUCUGUCUCAUCAUGGGAGCACGGUCGAUUGUUGAUGAUGAUAAAGAACAUUUUGGAAGAGUGUCGGGGGCUUGGUGCCAGCGAAGAUCGGAUCAUGCUGUGGCUCUGGUGGCUCCGGGCCGCGCAGGUACCUGUACAUGGGCCGCACCAGACCUUGCCAAGGGACGGCGGGGUCCACCCUCGACCGCCCGCUGUCAAAGUUCGCUGGUCAGAAAAGCGCAGGUCUGGCUGGAAUUGGUGAAAGUCCGCUGGGCGAUCGGACGUGAUGCGACCAGGGGGUGCGAAAAAGAGUUGGGGAAACUGGCGGUGUUUGUUGGAUGGUUGACCUGGUGGCGGUCCAAUUAGCUGCAGCUAGCGCCCGCAACAUUUCUUGGGAUUCCAGCAAGCUAGCUGUCGCCAGGGCACUGCUUCACUAAACUGCGGAGCUCUCGCCCACCUCACGCCCUGCAGCUCUCGAGUAGCAGGUAAACCCCCCCCGAGAGCCCGUUCCCGUCAACGAGAGAGGGACACAAGGACCGACAAAAAACCUCCCACCCAAAAUCCAACCCACCUCGGCCACCACCCACCUCUCCUCUCCAUCUUUUCAGAGAAUCACUUUCUCCUUUCUCUCCUUUUCUGUCCUUCUACAUUUCCACCAUCACCACCCUCACCCUCCUCCCUUCUCCCCUCCUUGCUGUUUUCUUUUUCUCUUGUUCCAAGACGGCAACAGAACCCACAUCUUCACAGCCAGACAGACACAGAACCCACCAUGUCUCCCGCUGCCUCCAACGGCACCAAUGGUGCGAAUGGUGCUUCCAACCCAACUGGCGGUCUGUCUGCCAACGACAACAUUCGCAGAUUCGCUGCCCCCAGCAGGCCACUGAGCCCUCUCCCCGCCCACGCUCUCUUCAACGACAAGACGAGAUGCUUCGUCUACGGCAUGCAGCCCCGCGCCGUGCAGGGCAUGCUCGAUUUCGACUUCAUCUGCAAGCGGGCGACCCCCUCCGUCGCCGGCAUCAUCUACACAUUCGGCGGCCAGUUCGUCAGCAAGAUGUACUGGGGCACCAGCGAGACUCUUCUCCCGGUCUACCAGGAGGUGCCCAAGGCCAUUUCCAAGCACCCCGAUGUUGAUGUCGUUGUCAACUUUGCUUCCUCCCGCUCAGUCUACCAGUCCACCAUGGAGCUGAUGGAGUACCCCCAGAUCAAGACCAUUGCCAUCAUUGCUGAGGGUGUCCCCGAGCGUCGUGCUCGUGAGAUCGCCCACAUUGCCAAGAAGAAGGGCGUCACCAUUAUCGGCCCUGCCACCGUCGGUGGCAUCAAGCCCGGCUGCUUCAAGAUUGGUAACACUGGUGGUAUGAUGGACAACAUUGUUGCUUCCAAGCUCUACCGCAAGGGUUCCGUUGGCUACGUUUCCAAGUCCGGUGGCAUGUCCAACGAGCUCAACAACAUUAUUGCCAACAACACGGAUGGUGUCUACGAGGGUGUGGCCAUUGGUGGUGAUCGUUACCCCGGCACCACCUUCAUUGACCACCUCUUGCGUUACCAGGCCGAUCCUGGGUGCAAGAUCCUCGUCCUCCUCGGUGAGGUCGGUGGUGUCGAGGAAUACAAGGUCAUUGAUGCCGUCAAACAGGGCAUCAUUACCAAGCCCAUUGUCGCGUGGGCUAUCGGUACCUGCGCCAGCAUGUUCAAGACUGAGGUUCAGUUCGGCCACGCUGGUGCCUUUGCCAAUUCUCAGCUCGAAACUGCCAAGAUGAAGAACGAGAGCAUGAGGGAGGCCGGUUUCUACGUCCCCGAGACCUUCGAGGACAUGCCCGCUCUCCUUAGGCAGGUGUACGAGAAGCUCGUCAAGGAGGGCACCAUCAAGCCCCAGCCCGAGCCCGUUGUGCCCAAGAUCCCCAUCGAUUACUCGUGGGCCCAGGAGCUUGGUCUCAUCCGCAAGCCCGCUGCCUUCAUUUCCACCAUUUCCGAUGACCGUGGCCAGGAACUCCUCUACGCUGGUAUGCCCAUCUCAGACGUGUUCAGGGAAGAUAUCGGUAUCGGUGGUGUCAUGUCUCUGCUGUGGUUCCGCCGCCGCCUCCCACCAUACGCCUCCAAGUUCUUGGAGAUGGUCCUCAUGCUUACCGCUGACCACGGCCCCGCCGUGUCGGGUGCCAUGAACACCAUCAUCACCACCCGUGCCGGUAAGGACCUGAUCAGCGCUCUCGUCUCUGGUCUCCUCACCAUCGGUUCUCGUUUCGGCGGUGCCCUUGACGGUGCCGCUGAGGAGUUCACCAAGGCCUUUGACAAGGGCCUCAGCCCCCGUGAGUUCGUCGACAGCAUGCGCAAGGCGAACAAGCUCAUUCCCGGUAUUGGUCACCGUGUCAAGUCCCGCAACAACCCCGAUUUGCGUGUGGAGCUCGUCAAGGAGUACGUCAAGGCCAAGUUCCCCAACCACAAGCUUCUCGACUAUGCGCUCGCCGUCGAGACCGUCACCACCUCCAAGAAGGACAACCUCAUUCUCAACGUCGAUGGCUGCAUUGCCGUCUGCUUCGUGGACCUGGUCAGAAACUGCGGUGCCUUCACCGCCGAGGAGGCCGAGGACUACCUCGGCAUGGGUGUGCUCAACGGUCUCUUUGUUCUUGGUCGCAGCAUUGGUCUUAUUGCCCACUACCUCGAUCAGAAGAGACUGCGCACUGGCCUCUACCGCCAUCCUUGGGAUGAUAUCACCUACCUUCUUCCUUCCCUCCAGCAGUCUGGUCCUCCAGGCGCCGAGGGCCGUGUUGAGGUGCAGAUGUAAGCGGUUUUUGGGCAUUGUUAGACAAAUCAAAAGUUGGCGCGCAAACGGACAUGGGUUUAGAGGAAACUACACGUUUUUUACGUCAACGAAUGGAAUUAUUUGGUCAUGAUUUUUUUUUAUUAUUUUUUUUGAACUCUGUAUUGUUCUGAUGUCUUUUCGUCUUUUGUUUGCUAUCCAUGCAACAUGUGGAAAAGAUGCUAGACAUUGGGGGGGUUGUGUACGGAUGGGUGGUGGGGACGGUCAUGGAUGGGAAACCAAGGGAUGGGAUUUGAACACCUCUUGUUGUGAUUUUUAAGUUACAUAGCUAAGCACUUUAAUGAAGAUAUGGAAGUGAUUUGUUGCUGUACUUGGUUUACCGUGAG